ACUUAUCACCAGCUGCUAAUCGUAGACUUUUGCAAACAACUUUUUAGUUUCUUGCUCGGUCUCUUGGUUAAAUAAAUUUAUUAUUCUCUUUCUCUAUUUAUUUGUUUUCAAUUAACCGCAAUUUUUAAGACCUCCAAUAAGCAAUUUGUAAAUUAUCAGUAUUUCGCCACAAAACGAAUGUCAGCGUCAAUUGAAUAAUAAAGCAACUUACGAAUAAAUGUGAUUAUCAUUUGGACAAUAAGUCUACCGUAAACACGAUUCCAAUUAACCUAAUUUUGUAAUUCAAAGACACAAAAAUGAACAAUUUAUUGAAAAUAUGCAAAAAGGUUAAUCAAACACCAGUAAGGCAUUUUUUCGGUGCAACAACCAAUUUGCAACAAAUUAGAGAAAAUAUCGAAAGUGGCACUUCGGGGCAUUUACCUUUAACUAUUUUAAGCGAAGAUGAAUUAGCUAUGAAAGAAACAGUCGCACGAUUAGCUCGGGAACAAAUAAAUCCUCACGUCAGAGAUAUGGAAAAGGAGGGAAAAUUUAAACAAUCAAUUGUCGACAUGUUGUUUGAAAACGGACUGAUGGGGAUUGAAAUAAGUACGGAUUUAGGAGGAGCUGGUUGUAAUUUUAUGACGACGAUUUUGUGUAUUGAAGAAAUAGCCAAAGUUGAUCCGUCUAUUGCGGUUAUGGUUGAUAUUCAAAAUACUUUAGUCAAUAAUGUUAUCAAGAAAUUGGGGACUGAGGAACAGAAAAAAAAGUAUUUGCCACAAUUGGCCACAAAUAUGUGUAGCAGUUUUGCCCUAACCGAGCCCUCCUCAGGCUCCGACGCAUUCGCACUUAAGACAACAGCUAAAAAAGACGGUUCCGAUUUCCUCAUAAACGGCUCAAAAAUGUGGAUUUCGAAUUCUGACUUGGCCGGAUUAUUCCUUGUAAUGGCAAACGCCGACCCUUCAUCGGGUUACAAAGGAAUUACUUGUUUCCUGAUCGAAAGAGAUACUCCAGGCCUAACAGUUGCAAUUCCUGAAAAAAAACUAGGAUUGUGUGCUUCCGGCACUUGUAUGCUCACUUUUGACAAUGUGAGAGUGCCGGAAUCUGCAAUUUUGGGCGAAUACGGGAAAGGUUAUAAAAUCGCAGCUGGCUUUUUGAACGAGGGGAGAGUGGGAAUAGGGGCACAAAUGGUCGGUUUGGCCCAAGGAUGUUUUGAUGCCACUAUUCCAUACACACUGGAAAGGACACAAUUUGGAAAAUCGAUUUUUAAUUUCCAGGGAAUGCAACACCAAAUCGCCCAAAUCGCCACACAAAUCGAAAGUGCUCGACUUCUUGUAUACAAUGCGGCGAGAUUGGUUGAAAAUGGGCAUCCUUUUAUAAAAGAAGCAGCGAUGGCCAAAUGGUACUCGGCAGAUGUUGCUCAACAGACUUGUGUCAAAUGUAUCGAUUGGAUGGGUGGUGUUGGAUUCAGCAAGGACUUUAUCCAAGAGAAAUUUUACCGAGAUGUUAAAAUUGGAAGCAUUUAUGAAGGAACGUACAAUAUGCAGCUGAAUACGAUUGCAAAACACUUGGCGAAAGAAUAUCAAAAUUGAAGCUCAAAUUUUGUUAAACUGAAACAAGAUAAUUGUGAGAAAUAAAUAUUUUUCUCAAAGG